AUGCUCUAUUUGGUAAAUGACAUCUAUGAUGUGGCAAAGUUCGUAUUGCAUGGCACUAGCGUAGGGCCGACCACAGUAAAGCUGACCACGACUACUUUGACUAGUAGCACACCAGCGAUCAAGAGUGAGGAUAUCUUCUUGCUUAUUGAGAGCUUGGUCAAGUUAGUUCAGACCCUCACAGCAGCAGUGACUGGAGGAGUUAUGAAGCAGAAUGGGAUCAUGAACAGAAAUCUGAGCAGAUUUUGCCACUAUUGUGGAGAAGCCAGAGCCAUAAUCAGAACAUGCAAGCAUGUCAAGGAGGACAGAAAGAGCAGCAAGUGCAUAUGCAAUGCAGCCAGAAAAGUUGUCAUACUGAAUGACAUGUUCAUACCUCAUACUAUUUCAGGCAUCACAAUUCAUAAUCGGGUUUAUGAGUGGCACAGAUGGAACCAGACUCCAGUCACAGCAUCAGUCUCAGUGGUAAACCUAUUCAAGGUUUCAUCAGAGAAAGCCAGUUCAUUCUCGCUGAGAGCAGAGGAUAGAAUCGAAGCAUUAGAGCAAGAGCUGUUCAAUCUCAAGUGA